AUGUUCAAACAAUUAUCAGCUACCUUAGUUUUAAUUAGCACUGCUUUAGCUGCAUCAUCUUCAGAAUUACCAACUUUAACUUCCACUAUAAUUUCAAGCACUUGUGAUAGUGCUUCAUGUGGUGCAAGUAGUACUUUAGAGUUGGCUCCUUCAUCAUUUGCUUACAGUAACGAUACUACUACUGCUAUCAGACUUCCAACUGAUCCAGCUUCUGCUGCUGCCGAUCCAGCUUCUGCUGCUGCCGAUCCAGCUUCAAUUGAUGUUAGUUCUUCAAAAGCCAGAUCAACCAUUUAUGAAUAUGCCACCGUCACCACUGAUGAUAUUUUCGAAGUCGUCAAAACUAUUUGUGAUACUCAAAGUAACUGUUAUGCUACUACUGAUUUAGAAAGUUUCACUACCUACACUACCACUGUUGAUGGUAUUUUAACCGUUAUUACUACCGGUGUCCCAUACACUAGCGAUGUUGACUCAUCUGUUGUUUCAACUACUACUGCUGCUGAAAUAAUAACAACUUUAGAUGAAACCAUCACUGUUACCAAAACUCAUUGUGAUACUGUUUGUCAUCUCACCACCGAAGUUGAAGUUUUAGCCACUUUCACUUCAACCGUUGGUGGAACUGAAACUAUUUUCACUACCUAUUGUCCAUUAUCAACUGAAGCUGCUGAAUCAAUUACCACAGCUCCAGCUCCAACUUCAGAUUCUACUGAAACUGCUACUGAUAUCAAAACAACUGUUGUAACCAUUACUUCAUGUAAAGAUCAUAAAUGUACUGAAGUUCCAGUCACCACUGGUUUAACUACCGUUACUAAAGAUUCAACCAUUUAUACUACCUACUGUCCAUUAACCACUGAAACUACUAGUUCAUUAGGAACUGUUGAUGUUAUCACUAACAACAUUGUUACUGAAACUCCAGUCAAACCAACUACUGUUGCUUCAGUUGUUCAACAAUCAUCAUCUGCCUUCUCAAUCAAUACUUACGAAGGUGCUGGUAUGAUGGUAAAAUCCGGUUUAUUAACCGUUUUAGUUUCAUUCUCCUUAUCAUUAAUAUGA